ACAGAAUUACCAAAUCGUUACUAGAUUAAAUUAUUUUAAUCUAGAUAUUUUUACUAUUCAAUGUGUACCUUUUUAAUUGAAUGAGAAUAUAUUGGUGAUACUGAUGCGAAUUGCACGACAUCUAUAUUAAAAAAUAAUGUCUAGGCUUGCGAUUUGUGCUUCAAUGAUGUGGCGGUAACAGUAUGUGCGCAUAGUAUCUGAUAAUAGAUUAUAGCAUUAUCAUGACUGUCGUAAAUUAUAAUACAAUGAAAUACUUGUUAUAUUCUUUUGUAAUCAUUUAUUUAAAUUUUGAUUACGCACAAGCCCAAAAUGAUUACCGUUAUGAUGACAAAUUACAAAUUACAGCAACUACAAUGAAAGUUGAAGACUUAACGUCAACUCAACCUCAGGGCUCUCUUGGGCUCCUACAUGCUUUUGUAGCUUCCCUGUCUGUCAUUGUUGUUUCCGAAUUAGGAGAUAAAACUUUCUUCAUUGCCGCUAUUAUGGCAAUGAAGCAUCCUAGGUUGACUGUUUUUAUAGGAGCUAUAAGUGCUCUUGCUCUUAUGACUAUAUUAUCAGUAAUAUUUGGAUAUGCGGCAACUAUAAUUCCACGUACCUAUACGUAUUAUAUUUCAACAGUACUUUUUGCUUUAUUUGGUAUAAAAAUGUUGAGAGACGGAUAUUAUAUGUCACCAACAGGAGCACAAGAAGAACUUGAAGAAGUUCAAUCAGAUUUACGUAAACGAGAAGAUGAGUAUGAAAAAGAAACAUCAACCACAUUAGUCCAGGAUCCAGAAAGUGGUAUUAUAAGGAAAACUACUAAGCGUUCUGCAUUAAUGGUACUUUCUCGAAUAUUUUUACAAGCAUUUACUCUCACCUUUUUGGCAGAAUGGGGUGAUCGUUCACAGUUAACAACAAUCAUACUUGCAGCAAGAGAGGAUGUUUAUGGAGUUGUAUUUGGUGGUAUUCUUGGUCAUUCAUUUUGUACAGGCUUAGCUGUAUUAGGUGGACGUAUGAUUGCACAAAAAAUUUCUGUGCGAACAGUGACUAUUAUUGGAGGAUUGGUAUUUCUACUUUUUGCUCUGACAGCUCUGUUUAUAAAUCCAACAGAAAAUACGUGAACAUUGAAUUGAAUGGUAUUCAAUUCAAUUGGAUUCAUUAAACUCUUUGUGGUAAAAUAUGUGAAUAUGUAUUAUAUACUUAUUAAUGUUUACAAAUCAUAGUAUUAUAAAUACGUGAAAUUUGGUGCGCUGUACCAUAUAUGUAUUAUAGACAUUUAGUAUUUUUUAAUAGAUCACAGCAGGAGUAUUUAUAUCAAAAUUGUUUUAAACAUUAUGCACAUAAUGUAGAUAUGCAUUAUACAUUGUAGUGAUAAAUAACACUACUUUAAUUGUAUAUCUGCAUAAAGAAACGUUUUUAAUAUGAAGAUUAUGAUAAUCAUGUUUUUUGUUCAUAAUAUGUUACCAGUAUACAGAUCUUUUGUAUUAUAAUAUUCACGAAAGUAAUCCUCUUUGUAUACUAUGAAAAUUUUAUUUUAUAUUAUUUUUCUGCAAGAUCUAUAUUUCCCAAUAUAUCGAUGCAUAUAAUAAAAGAUUUUUACAAAAUAAUAGGUAUAUUUUUUACAUUGAUCAACUUGGUAUAAAGAACCUGUUUAGUAAAUAAUAAUUUCAUGGUGUUUAAUUUUUUUUUUUAAAUUUUUGUUAUCCUUGCACUUUCUUUGUGAAUUGAUCAGAAUUCUUCAAUUUUUCUACAUAUUUUUUGCUUGAUAAAUAUAUAAAAUUUAUUUUUUCAAAAUUUGAGAUUAAAAAAAAGAUUUUAGAAAUAAUACUUGUAUAGAUAAUAUGACAUAAAGCAUCAUAUAUUGGAAUAUCAAUAAAAAUAUUAUAUAUUCGUGUAACAUUUUUACAAGUAGAUCUAUAGAAAUAAUAUCAUAAAAACAUAAAAGAUUUUAAUGACAUGUAAAGUAAGAACAAAAUAGUGGAACAAAAGAAAAAUUAAAUAUAAGCUAAAAAACCUGUUGAUUAGAAUAGUGUAUAUGUUCAAACGAACUUAAACAUAUAUUUGUAUUUUUAAUACUGUUAUAAAUAUUUGAAAUGCAAAAAUAAUUCUAUGCUGAUAAUUAUUGUAAAUGAUAUUAAUUAAGAAGAAUAGUUGUAAAUAAAUGAUUUAUGUCAA